AUGGACAAAUUCUUAAAAGUGACCAUAACCUCCAAAGAGGCUCCCUCUCUCGGACGACUUCUUGGGCUAGUGAUCGCCCCCGACCUGAAAUCCUAUACGCGUUCUAUCUAUCUAUCUAUCUAUCUAUCUAUCUAUCUAUCUAUCUAUCUAUCUAUCUAUACACCCUUCUCCUGUUGGAGCUCAUAUGGUGGUGCACAUCAGCUGCAGCUCAUCAAAGUGGUUGCUCAUCUCCUGGAGUUCAUUAAAGUAGUGGCUAUCUACGGGUGCUCAUCUGCUGUGCCUAUCAGUGGUGGUCCUUUUACUGGAGCUCAUCAGAGUGGUGGUCCUUUUACUGGAGCUCAUCAAAGUAGUGGUCCUUCUCCUGGAGCUCAUCGGAGUGGUGGUCCAUCUCCUGGAGCUCAUCAAAGUUGUGGUCCAUCUCCAGGAGCUCAUCAGAGUGGUGGUCCAUCUCCUAGAGCUCAUCAAAGUGGUGGUCCAUCUCCUGGAGCUCAUCAGAGUGGUGGUCCAUCUCCUGGAGCUCAUCCAAGUGGUGGUCCAUCUCCUGGAGCUCAUCCGAGUGGUGGUUCAUCUCCUGGAGCUCAUCCGAGUGGUGGUCCAUCUCCUGGAGCUCAUCAGAGUGGUGGUUCAUCUCCUGGAGCUCAUCCGAGUGGUGGUCCUUCUCCUGGAGCUCAUCCGAGUGGUGGUCCUUCUCCUGGAGCUCAUCAGAGUGGUGGUCCAUCUCCUGGAGCUCAUCGGAGUGGUGGUCCAUCUCCUGGAGCUCAUCCGAGUGGUGGUUCAUCUCCUGGAGCUCAUCAGAGUGGUGGUCCAUCUCCUGGAGCUCAUCCGAGUGGUGGUCCUUUUACUGGAGCUCAUCAGAGUGGUGGUCCAUCUCCUAGAGCUCAUCAGAGUGGUGGUCCAUCUCCUAGAGCUCAUCAGAGUGGUGGUUAUGUACGGGAGCUCAUCUGCUGUAUAAAUGUAGGUUUUAUCGAAAAGUCAGACCCUUUUUGUACCAUACUCUCUUUUCCUAUCUAUCUAUCUAUCUAUCUAUCUAUCUAUCUAUCUAUCUAUCUAUCUAUCUAUCACAUUCUGUUAAUACAUACAUAUCUAUCUAUCUAUCUAUCUAUCUAUCUAUCUAUCUAUCUAUCUAUCACACUCUGUUCAUAUCUAUCUAUCUAUCUAUCUAUCUAUCUAUCUAUCUAUCUAGUUAACCAAGUUCGUUAUCUAUCUAUCUAUCUAUUUAUCACACUAUGUUCAUAUCUAUCUAUCUAUCUAUCUAUCUAUCUAUCUAUCUAUCUAUCUAUUAAUACCGCAACAAGCGGAAUAGAUAGAUACAAGAUCUAUCUGUUAAGUCUCUCUCUUUAUAUCUAUCUAUCUAUCUAUCUAUCUAUCUAUCUAUCUAGUUAG